AUGGCAGAGACGUCAAAGGAAUCGACCUCGCCGAAGGCAACCGCUGCUUCAUCGCCUCCAGCUGAGGCAACCCCUGCACCUGCAGAGGAGACUUCUACUGAACCACCCACUGCAGAGAACCCCGCCGAACCUGCUGAAGAUUUCCAUAACCCUGAUCAUUGGGCAAACUUGAACGAGGGCGAUGAGCCAGGAGAGGAUGACGCUGAUUCAGCGGUCGGAGAUGGUGCUGCUAGCUCAACUGAGUCAAUUUCUUCGAGCAUCCUUCAUUACCGCACGAUUCACGGGAGGACGUAUCACUCUGAGCGGGGAAAUGCCGAGUAUUGGACGCCGAACGAUGAGCAUCAUAAUGAGUCCAUGGAUAUCAAUCACCACCUCCUGUGUCUGUCACUAGAGGGAAAACUCCAUCUAGCUCCUCUCAAGGAUGACAUUCAGAGAGUCCUAGAUAUCGGGACCGGGACUGGUAUUUGGGCUAUCGAUUUCGCAGAUGAGUAUCCCAAUGCCGAAGUCGUCGGAACGGACAUCUCUCCCAUCCAACCUGACUGGGUCCCACCCAAUCUCAAGUUCGAAAUCGAAGACUGUACCCAAGAGUGGACCUACAACCCCAACUCUUUCGAUUACGUCCAUAUGCGCUAUAUGUAUGGAAGUAUAAGCGACUGGUCCGCCCUGUUCAAAGAGGCAUUCCGCGUCUGCAAGCCCGGCGGGUGGGUUGAGAGCUAUGAAGCCUCCCCUCGAAUGGAAAGCGACGAUGGCACUGUAACUGAAACCUGUGCUAUUAACGAAUGGGGAAAGUUCUUCAUUGAAGGCGGCAAAAAGCUAAACCGCACUUUUGAGAUCAUUGAUAAGGAUUUGCAGCAGAAGGGAAUGGAGGAAGCAGGUUUUGUCGACGUCAAAGUUUGGGACUUCAAGGCACCUAUUGGAGGCUGGCCCCAGGACCCUCGGCUCAAGCAAAUUGGACAGUUUGCUCAGGCUGCGCUUGAGCAGGACUACGAGGGUUAUGUUCUGUAUAUGGCUAAUAUGGUUCUUGGCUGGACUAAGGAGGAAGUCUCUGUGUACUGCGCUCAAUUGCGACGCGAGAUUCGAUCUGGAAAGUUUCAUCCUUUCUAUCGUCAGAGGGUUGUCUACGCAAGGAAGCCCGAAUAG